GAGGCUGAUCGUUUAUUUCUUCUUUCUGCUCGGGGGCGGCGCCAGCUCCGAUUUCUUCCCCUACUUCGCCGAGUUCCAUUGCUGAUUACAGCUUUCGCCUCCUUCGUUCUAGUUAAUCAUGCCUGGAGAUAAUAUAGAACUGCUGCGUCUCUAUGAGCUUCGUCUUCUGCGCUGCACCCUUAUUCCCCCUCCGCACUCCCUAUCCUCGGAUUCCAAUGGUUCUCUCCCUUCUCUCUACUCUUCCAUCGACGACAUCCUCACUUCUAUCGAGUCAGGAAACUAUCUUGAAGCUCUCUCCUCCGACAGUUGCAGGCUUGUCCUUCAGUUACCCGAGUUCGACGUCGCUGACUCCCCUGAGGUUGCCGAGCAAGUCUACUCCGAUUUGCUUCUCCGGGUUGAAUCUUUUAUUGUCGAAGGUUCUGUGGAUGAUGCCGACAGAGCUUGCAGAGUUCUUCUCGUGUUAUGCAUUGCUGUGGCUGCGUUUUUCUGGUUCCUUCAGUGGAACAUAACUGGGCCUUUGGAGGAGUUGCCGAGGCGUCCUCUGCCAAUGAAAGCAUGGUGGGGCGGCAGUGAAUGUGUAGGGUGGGAGAAUUGGGCGCGGAAUCAGCUCAUGUCUGCUGGCUCCGACUUACUGGGCAAGUUCUCUUUUCUCCAGUAUAUAGUUUUUGCUAAAAUGCUGCUGCUGAAGUUAAGAGAUUUGUUAUUUGAAACAAGUCUCUCAUCUACAUUUGGGCUUAGAAGCAUUUCAUGGUGGAUUUUCCGGGUCCUGUUUAUUCAUCAAAGAAUUCUGGAUGAGCGGUCUUCUACUCUUUUUGACAUAUUGCAAGUGCUUAUUGGUGAAACUUUAGAUCAUUUUGGCACUCCUGAAGAAACUACACACUAUUGGGGUUGCAAGCUACAGGAUGGAGAAGCAUUAGCUAUUGUCUCAGUGGUCCAUUUGGAAGCAGGAGUGCUGGAAUACAUCUAUGGCCGAGUUGAUUCUUGCAAGUCACAUUUUGAAUCAGCUGAAGUGGCAGCUGGGCUUCAGCUCUCUGUUACUGGUGUUCUUGGCUUCCGUACAAUGCAUCAGGUAGAACCAAAGGCACAAAUGGUAUUGGUUGCAAACCUGAGCAUAUCAGAUGGUGGUCAUACCUAUAUAUCAGCUGGUGCACGUGUUCAGUCUCAUGGAUCCAAUAUUAGCCAAGAGUCUGACAUAUUUCUCACACCAAAACUACUAGAAAGUGAAAAUAAUGCAGGAAACAAUGUUCAGAAUGAUGGUGCUAAUGCCCCCUUAACAGCAGUUCAGCAGGCAGUGGCCUUAGCUCAAUGCCUUUUGAUCGAGAAGAGUGCUCGACAUGAUGAAAUGCAAAGGUGGGAUAUGGCUCCAUACAUUGAGGCAAUUGACUCUCAGCAAUCAUCAUAUUACACACUGCGCUGUUUUUGUGACAUUUUACGAAUUCGGUGGGAGUCAACUCGUAGUCGAACAAAGGGCCGUGCUUUAGAGAUGAUGGAUAAAUUGGUUGAAGGCGUCCAUAAGCAUCUUCCCAGUGUUGCAGAGAGGCUUCCUUUUUGUUAUGUCGUUUAUAUCCCAACAAUCCCUGCACUCCGAAAGGAAUAUGGUGAACUUUUAAUUAGCUGUGGUUUGGUAGGGGAGGCUAUUAAAAUCUUUGAGGAAUUAGAGUUAUGGGAUAAUCUAAUAUAUUGUAACUGCUUGUUGGGGAAGAAAGCAGCUGCUGUUGAACUUAUAAAGAAUCGAUUGUCUGAAAUGCCCAAUGACCCAAGAUUAUGGUGCUCAUUAGGAGAUGUUACAAACAGUGAUUCCUGUUAUGAGAAAGCCUUGCAAGUUUCAAACAAUAAGUCAGCUCGAGCAAAGCGGUCACUUGCUCGUAGUGCAUACAAUAGAGGGGACUAUCAGACUUCUAAAAUUUUGUGGGAGUCUGCAAUGGCCUUGAACUCCUUGUAUCCAGAUGGAUGGUUUGCUCUUGGUGCUGCUGCACUGAAGGCUAGAGAUGUUGAAAAGGCUCUAGAUGCAUUUACUCAUGCAGUGCAACUUGACCCUGAAAAUGGGGAGGCUUGGAAUAACAUUGCUUGUUUGCAUAUGAUCAACAAGAAGAACAAAGAGUCUUUCAUUGCAUUCAAGGAAGCCCUCAAAUUCAAACGAGAUAGCUGGCAAUUAUGGGAGAACUAUAGUCAUGUUGCUUUUGAUGUUGGUAACAUUGGACAGGCUCUGGAAGCUGUACAGAUGGUGUUGAAUAUGACUAAUAAUAAAAAAAUUGAUGCUGAAUUACUAGAGAAAAUCUUGUUAUAUUUGGAGGGAAAGGCUUCAACAGUACAAUGCGCAGCAACAAGUGAUCGUAAUUGUUUGAAUGCAAGUUGCCCUACUGAUUCAAUUGCUGCUUCUAAUCUUCAACCAGUAUGUGCUGAACUAACUGUUGGGAGAUCAUGGGAGAACGAGCAGCUGAUGGAGUGGCUUGGAAAAAUUCUACAGCAGAUUGUUCGAAGUGAAAGCAGGGCAGAUUUAUGGGGCUUGUAUGCAAGAUGGCAUAAAAUUAAAGGUGAUCUAGCAAUGUGCUGUGAAGCGCUCUUGAAGCAAGUUAGAUCAUAUCAGGGAUCUGAUUUGUGGAAAGAUAGAGAACGCUUCAAAAAGUUUGCACGUGCCUCCUUGGAACUCUGUAAAGUAUACAUGGAAAUUUCUUCCUCUACUGAUAGUCGACGGGAACUCUUUGCAGCUGAGAUGCACCUAAAGAAUGUGGUGAAACAGGCCGGAAGUUUUUCAGACGCACAGGAAUACAGCGAUCUUCAAACUUGUCUAGAUGAGUUGAAAAAGAAACUCCAAUCCGAGUCAAAGCCUACAUAAAGUACAGAUCCUGGAAGUUUCAUGGAUAUACUGUUUCCAUUAAGUCCAAAAAGGUUAGGCCUGCAAUUGUAUGUUCAUUCAUUCAUUUUGUAUGGUUUUAAAUUAAUAGAAGUAAGCCAUUAGUUAUCCAUCAUCAGUUCUGCCCUGAUGAAGAUUCAGUUAUUCAUUUUGUAUGGUUUUGUAUGGAUAGUGAAUCUUCAAAUGAAGAUUAAUCAGUUUUGCGCCCUGCACCUCAGAAAUCCUGAAUUCUAUUGAUUUCAAGAUUUGAAUCUUUUCUGACCUAAAGUCGAAUAUAUGAAGCUCAAGACUCCUGAAUAUAAGAAUGGAGAUUCAAAUCUUCAGUUUCCAGACUUUUGGGUUCAUUUUCUUUCAAAAUUGAAGGUACAAUGUUGGAGUGGAUUCUCAUGACAUUUUUGUUCUUCAAUAUUCGAAUAUAGAGACAUAUUUUCA